UUUAGGAAAAGGAGGCUGACUCCUCUGCUUAGCCUCUGAAGUUUUCGGAUAAGUUUAGCCCAUCCAAAGAUGGACUAAACAACGCAUUAUGACCCGGCGACUUUCUUGUGGGAUAUUAAGGAGGUCACUGUAAGAAAGGAGAAGUAAUUUGGGGAAUCCAUCACUCUACAGGCUCUUCCUGAAAAAAAGAGGGAGAUGGGGGCUGGAGCAAUCUGUCACAACAAGGCAGCGGUCCAGAUCAAGGAGGACAUGAAGUGGAUGGUACAGCUGCCUAUGAACAAAUCCUCUCCACCAACCGCUACGGGGGGGAAGAAGAUCUUCGGCGUGUCCCUGCUGGAGUUGAGAGAUCUGGGACUUGUCAUCGACGGGGUUCCUGUGGUGGUCCGGAGUAUGGUGGAGUAUCUGGAAAAGCAUGGUCUUCGUCUGGAGGGUCUGUUCAGAGUAAACGGCAACGUUCGGGCCGUGGAUAACUUGCGGCAGAGGUUUGAUGGCGGAGAAGAGGUUGAUCUACAUCAGGAUGCAGACGCCUUUGCUGUAGCCAGCUUACUGAAGCAGUUCUUGAGGGAUCUACCUGAAGGUCUCAUCCAUCCCUCCGUCCACAAUCCUCUCAUUCAGCUGUACCAGGAAUCCAGUGAGGAUGACUUCUGUAAGGAUCUGCGUGAGCUCCUACUCCAGCUGCCAGAUAUCCACUACAGUCUCUUGCAUUACUUAUGUCACUUCCUGUCCCAGGUGGAACAGGAACAGGCUUAUAACCGCAUGACCGCCACCAACCUGGGCACAGUGUUCGGGCCCAACGUCUUUCAUGUGUCAUCUGGUUUCGAUGGUAUACGGGAGCAGAAUAUCUGUAACAACGUUAUGACCAAGCUGAUCCAGAACUGCAGCGCCAUCUUUAAGCCUGUGCAGGAGACAAGACCAAUCGAAGAAAAACCUUCAAACCUCAUCAUGGUCAAAGAGGCCAACACAAACACUGAAAGCACAGAUAUGUCUCCUUUCACUCCUGUUCCUAAGGCACAUGCUCCACAUGUCAAGAAGAUGAAGGUCACACAAUGCACUCCAGUUGAAAAUACAGAUUAUUCAAGAGAAAAGGAGUCCAGCCCAGACAACUCUAUACUGACACCAAGAAAAAAGAUGGUGAAGAAGAUAAAGACGGAGGCUGUGCCGAGAUCUUUUCCUCAACCGGCUCCCUCCGGUGAUCCCGUUUCCAGGCCAUUGCCCCAUCUUCCAGACAGAAGCUCACACGCUCUCACUCCAGACCAGAGCAUCAGCUCAAGUGUUGACGGCAUGAACCCGAGUCCUCAGACCGUAAGCCCUGCCGGAUACACAGAGAUCAGCCUCCAAGAAGAUGAAAGACCAAUAUCUCCUUUCUACAUUAGCUCACACGUCUCUCCUAGACACUGCAGACCUGAAUUAACAAAUUUUCUGGAGAAGACCAUUCGCUCAGCGGUCGAGCAACACCUAUUCAACUCACAAAUGCACACAGGUCAAAGUUCAGAGGGCUUGGAUCCAACUGCCCACUCUUCACCUCCUGUGACAACAGCCCGAGAGAGAAGGAGACAUCUACGAGAACAACAGGAGCACUUCAGGGUCGAGGGUGAUAAAGAGAACGUCCCGUCUCUGGGUGUGAGGGUUACAGAGGAGGGUGACAGGCGUCUGCUGUCGCCGCCACAUGAGGUUCAGAGAAACAGGAAACCCAAACACAGUCCCACACUGACUGAGCACUCAGACAACCCGGAUGCCCCCACCACGCCUGCCAUGAAGAUCCAGGAGGCUCUUAGUGGCGCAGAGCCAUGCAACGAUGUCCCUCGACUUGACCUUUCUACUCUGACAGACAACAGUAACUGGGCAGAUUCUAACUUCUUUAGCGCCCCUUUCCUUGACUUUAAAAGCCUUUUAAGACCAAGUCUCAAUGAGGAACCAGUCCCGGCCUACUCGUCUUGGCAAAAGGAGAGUAUGGAGCGCGAGGAGGCUCAUUUGUCACCCCACGCCGGUGGCAAACUCAUUCGCCAGCUCCUGGAGGAGGACAGCGACCCAAUGGUCUCCCCGCGGUUCUAUGCUUAUGGAGAUAGCCAGCAGUAUCUUGAUGACACUGAGGUUCCUCCAUCUCCACCCAAUGCCCACUCAUUUAUGAGUAGGCGGAGAAGCUCAUCGUUAGGCUCCUGCGACGACGACCGGGAAGAGCUCACUUCAGCCCAGCUUUCAAAGCGGAUCCACGUACUCAAGAAGAAGAUAAGGAGGUUUGAGGAGAGGUUUGAAGAGGAGCGCAAAUACAGGCCUUCACACGGCGACAAAGCCGCCAAUCCAGAGGUUCUGCGGUGGAUGAAUGAACUGGCCAAGAUGCGCAAAGACUUAAAAGAUCACAAGUUGCUUAAAUCAGAAGAGGAUUUGACGCCCAUCCCCCGCCAACGCAGCAACACUCUUCCCAAGAGCUUUGGAUCUCAGCUGGAGAAGAAACCCACUGAGACCAAAGCCCCCAAACCCCCUGUGGAGUGCACGCUAGAGGCAGUUAUGAACAAACUGCAGGAGAAACGCAAGGAGGCUGGCCGGCCUGAAGACAUUAAGGACAUGACCCGUGAGCAGAUAGGAACAGAAAAAGUGGCCCUUCAGAAAGCUCUUUUACAUUACGAGAGCAUCCACGGGAGACCAAUCACCAAGAACGAGAGGCAGGUCAUGAAGCCUCUAUACGACCGCUACAGACUCAUCAAACAGAUCCUCUGCAGAGCAUCUGCCAUUCCAGUCAUUGGCUCGCCUUCCAGCAAGCGCAGAGGUCCCCUGCUGCAGCCCAUUAUCGAGGGUGUACCAGCCCUAUUCUUCAGCGACACCAAGGAGGAGGAGGAUGGCUCGGAUGAUGACAGUGAUACCAGGACACAGUUCACAGUCACUGUUAAGCCGGAAGUGACCAUGUUGGGACUUCUCGACCAGCUGGAUGAGGACACAGAUGGUUUCAUCUCACCUGUUGAUGAACUAUCGCCCUCUAAGAGCACCACGGAUAUGAGAUUGUCCAAUUUGCAUGCUGCUUCCAUGCAGGAACUUGUGGAGCAACUCCAGGAAGCCCGUGAAGAAAAGAAAAGAAUCCGCAAGAACCUCCGUGAUUUCGAGGAUCAGUUCUUCAAACAAAACGGCAGAAACGUGCAAAAGGAAGAUCGCUCACCUUUGGCUGGAGAAUACAAUGAAUACAAGCACAUUAAAGCCAAGCUAAGGCUGUUGGAAGUGCUCAUCAGUAAAAGAGACUCCUCUAAAUUCAUCUAGUGCUCAUAUGGGAUUUACUUUACUGGCCAAACAAGAACCAGCCACUGCUAUCCAAAGCAAUUUAGUGUGUACAAAGACAUGUACCUCUUUAUUGACUCAAUACAGGCACAUUUGGCUUUGAAGGAUGCCAAGACAUGCCUGGUUCACCUUUAGCAGAUUUACAGUGCUGUUUGUUCCACUGUACAGCAAAAAAGGACUUGGGUUCUGCUUUGGACUGCUUUUUUUGCAUCUGCUACGAGACUGGAUUUCAGAAAACAAUCAGAUUACUUGUGAAUCUCUGAUCUUAAUUCCCAUUGAAUUCCAGAAGAACGUUUCUGUGAGGGUUUGUUGUAUUAUACAACAUUUGUUUCAAAUUUUAGAUUUGUUUUUCUAUAUUAAUAUUGCUGUAAUAUAGAAACAACUGUUUUCACAAUGAGACAUAAGCUUUGAAGAACAUUGAGAUGACGCGUCUUAAAUUGUCUGUGUAUAGAGGACGAGGAGAGUUCAUCAUUAUAGGAAUUUUUCAUAUUUGAUGAAUUGAAGAAUGUAACCAAUUUGUGGAAGGAAGGCUCUCUGUAUAUUAGUUUUCAUUAUUCACUGGUGCCAUAAUGGUUUAUUUUGAACAUAAAUGCUUCUGAGAAAUCCCCCCCCCCCCAACACACCACUAAGACCAUUGACUAAGCUAGAAUUUACUUCAGUUAUGUUCUUUACGAAAGAAAAAACGUGCAAAUGAACGACCAUAAGAAAUCUGCCAUUCUGCAAUGUAGAAACGCACAAACAAAGGAACUAUAAUCCUGCUUUCAUUGUUCGUUGUACUCUAUUGUCUAAUGGCUCAUCAAAUGAAACUCACUGUUUAAUGGUGAUGUGGGUGGAUUGAUUCCCCUAAAACCAUCUCUAUUGUUAGCAAGCAAUAGAAAACAAAACUGUGGGGCCUCAAUGAGUGUUUAUGCCUCAGAUAGAAACAGAGUACAUCACCCCUAUCUCUUAUUCUCCAGAUUGGAAAAUUGUAGUGUGACCUUGUUUUUGCUGAACGUGACGAGACUGAUGGAUAAAGAUGAAUACUGUGUGUACAUUUUAGUACAUGAUUGUAUUUGUAUUUUGUAAAUAUUAUAUAAAACCAAACUAUUUUUUC